AUGACUAUAGGUAGACAGGCAGCACGUCAAGUUUGUAUAGCAUGCCGCUCGAAGGCAUCGGGUCUAAAAGCACCAUGCAAUCGUCCUGUGGAAGGCCACGGGUGCACUGCAUGUAAGCAGUAUGGCCUCCCUUGCAUAUUUGGCGAUAAUCCGCUACCUCCGUACCCUGGUCCUACUAGAGCACCAGUGUUAUAUUCAUGCGAUCAAUGUAAAGAGCUGGGCCUACGCUGCGAUUUCAAAAGACCGUGCGAUAGAUGUCACAAUGCUGGAACUAGGUGCACGGGAAGCAGAAGAUAUUGUUUCAUUCGCGAAGUACCAGGCGGCGACAUGUACGGCUACUAUCUUAACCUCGGAUUUGGUCCUAACGGGAUUAAUCAAGUUCUUCAAACACGCAAGUUUGGAUGGACUAUGCCUGCAGACUACCAUGUACAAUAUAUGAGGUGGAAAAACGAAGGAACUGUACCCCGUGAGGUAUUAGAACUACAAGGAGAAGAACCACUCCAGGACCAAUAUGGACGAAUCGUAGAGCUAGCACAAGACGCUGCCAAGCAUGGGGUCCCGGCUAACCUACCGGCAAUUAUGCAAAUCCUCAGUCGGGAUGUUAAGGCCGGAGUCCCAUUAAAUGAGUCUCAAGCUGCGCGAGAUCUCAUGUACUAUCUCGGUAAACAAACUGCGCCCAAUCCUAGAGCCCAUGAACGCCAAAUUGAGAUAAGCGAAUUCAAUAUUCUCUAUAACGAGGCAGACCUUCAAAGACUUAAUCCAGGCACACAGGUAGAGUAUUCUUAUAUAGCCCCUAUCAGAGACGCGGCCUUGGGUCCUGUUACCCGACCAGCAUCUCCUGGCCCUGCUCGCCCCAACUACUGGAUACCGUGGAAUACGAAAAGUGAUGCUAUGGUUAUCCACGACAACACAGCCGAAUACCCGGAGGGGCGACCUGAAAGAGUUAAUAUGAGUGCUAUUCGAAGAGAUCCCUUCAGGGAGCAUCCGAACGAAAAUGCACAAUGCGUGUUAUCGUCAAUUCCAUUCCUACGCAUGUGGGAUGAAGGGGAGAUGUAUCCUACCGCAAAACCAUGCGAGCAAGAGUAUAUGAUUGACUAUAUGGUUGGCGGAAAGUGCGGAAAUCCAACAAAAUGCGGAUGUGAAGAUACCACUCACGUAGGGGAUGGUGUCCCAAUUUGCGAUACCUGCGAAGAACAAAACCGUGAGAAAUUUUACAAGGAACUCGAAAUUACUGCCCCCCAAAUGAGACAAUACCUAUGCUAUGAAUGUUCAAUCAGCAUUCCACACUUACUUUUACUGGUUAAUCACAUGGGUUUUGAUGUUUAUUACGAAAACCCCACAGGAGUACAGUUGCCAGAUUUCGAAAGCCAUUCGCUUAUCAGUACAGGACUAACUAAAAAGGUAGGAGGUUGGAAAGGCGCUCCUUUAGAGAUAACGGGUUGUUCCUGCGGCGUUAAGCUACUAGGUCGUCGUCUGUGUAGCCCUCACAGAUUACAGCACUUACUAGACAUGCAAGAAGCUAUAUCGAAUAUGAAGAUAUAUAUCGACAGUAUGUACGGAAGAUCGGUUUGUCCCGUAUGUAAACAGAGGCCUGGCAUCAACGAGUACAACUUUGAAGGCCCACAAGGCGGAGAAGGUGUGUGUAAGGCGUGGAUGUGUUUGGUUUGUCACGGCUUCGUGUUAACCGAAAAUACUACUUCCGUAAUACCGAGAUUUCACCUGAAGCCGGGGGCGCCCAAACCCGCUCCGGCACCGUAUGGCAUCAGACCGGAGGAACUUGCAAUCGCGAAUGAUGAAAUACAGAAGAAACGCGAGCAGGAGAUGAUGCGUUAA